AAGAUGUACCAGCUAUAGUCAUUUAGGAUACGUACCGUUGCAGAAUAUUAAGGCGCUCCUCUUUCGGCGACGGAAAACUUAACUUACUGUUUCCACAGGUCACAGCAGAAGCGCGCUGCAGACUGGUGAGUUGGCUCAUUCCAGUCCACAGACAUUUCAAACUGUCCUUCGAGUCCUGCUGUCUCGCCGUUAACAUCAUGGACCGCUUUCUGUCCACCACGCCGGUCGCGGCAGACUGUUUUCAGCUACUGGGGGUUACAUCGCUCCUGAUCGCCAGUAAACAGGUCGAGGUCUUUUCCCCCCGGAUCUCCCAGCUUCUGGCGCUGUGCUGCGACGCCUUCGCCAAAGAUCAGCUAUGCAACCUGGAGCGCAUCGUCUUAACCCGGCUGAGCUUCCGCCUGGCCACGCCAACGAUGGCCUUCUUUCUCCACUACUUCACCCAGCACAGACUGGCACAAAACAGCUCCGGGGGACCGGGGCACAGCGACGCAGUCAGGUGCUGGAGCCUGGCGCGGAGAAUCUGCGAGCUCAGCCUGGCGGACUAUGCGUUCAACCGUUACCGCCCGUCGGUGCUGGCUGCCUGCGCCGUGAGACUGGCGGAGCGUCUGCUGGGGGUGGCCCCCACGGCCGAGGCUGGGGAGGAAGAGGAGGACGAGGAAGAGGGACGCUGCACUCGCAAUCUGCGGCUGCUGGUCUCCUUGAACCAGGAGGUUCUGCGCACCAUGGCGGAACUGUGA